UGCAGCCCACGCAUCUCAACUAUGGUGAAUUAUGGUGAAAUAUGAGAGACGUGGGAAGAGCCGUCAGCUCAAAAACAGUUUGUCGUGAUGAGAUGACACCUUCGCUGGACAGAAAAGUCAAAUAAGGGAUGAAGGAAAGAUAUGAAGGAAUGGACUAACCCCAAGACACCUUUUAAGAGGAGACAAACUGGAUAAAAAAUACAUGCGUCUGCGCACCAAGAACCAGGGUGAAUUCCGGCAUGCCAUAUUCUAAAAUGAUGCUGUAGUCCGACGGAUAACGCUAUGCUGCAUUGUUUAGUGCAUGGGCUCUUGUGGCUGUCCAUGAUCCACACAGAAGGGCUGCAAAUGGUUUGAGCAUGUUGGCACCUGCCAAUCCAAACUAACACGCGCUUGCCAAUCAACUGCAGCACUGUCAUUUCAUGUUUAAACAUCCCAGUGCAUGAACUUGGCUGCUUUGCCUUUGUCUCAAAUCUAUGAAAAAAAAAAUGGUUACUAAUGUGCAUCAUUGGUGUAUUCAUAAUGGGUAUCCCCAAUCAGAGAAAAGAUGGUGGGGUUAACGCGGAGAUAAAUUAAUAGAAUAACAUGUUUACGAGAACAGAUAUGCAAAAACCUUAAUGCGUAAGGACCUGUUUGGAGAUCAAACAGGUGAUAUCGCUUAAGAUGAAUCUGCCGAAGCAGGGGUGCCACCGAGUAGAAACACCGACAGCAGCGCCUCCCGCAACCUCCCUUCCCCAAGUCUGCAAAUAUCGGGCUAGAGGAUUACCUUUGCUGCUGUUGCAAGCGGCGGCUUAUUGUUAUGAAGGGGGGUGUCAUAUUUUGCUGAUGCCAAGCAUUUUAAGAUGUGCUCACUUUAUUCUCACCACAACUAAGCCCCCCCCCCCACCACAACCACCACCAUACUCAACCUGUAGCCUACUGUAGUUGCAUCAAAGCAUGUAUCUGCUGGUCACUAAGGCGAGGGAGGUAACUCCUGCAUUCUCACGCCUUGUCCCCUCUCUCACAUACACCUCCACUCCCGCGCCGCUGAAGAGCCGGAGCUUUGGGUGAUAGAUGGCUGGCAGAGAGGAGCUGCUUUGACCGUGGGAGCUGACUUUUGACUGAACACUGAACACGCUGGGCCCGUUACGCAUUACCACCAGAGGAUACACUGUAUACAAGCCUUACAAGCACUAGUGCACAUAGCCCUUCGCAGGCAGAUCUGCCUGAACCCACAAGUGUGUGGAGCCUUUAUCUCCUUGUGGCCCAUCGUGGCCCCACCCUGUCUGAAACCUGCAGGUCCCAUCUUCCUCCAGCAUGACGGUUGCUACCAGCGACCCUGCGGAUGAAUCCGCAGCACAUCCAGGUCAGCCUCAGGACCAGUACGACCCAGAGCUGGACCAUGAGUGCUGCGAGAGGGUCGUCAUCAACAUAUCAGGCUUGCGCUUUGAGACACAGCUCAAGACCCUCUCCCAGUUUCCAGAGACGCUGCUGGGGGAUCCCAAGAAAAGGAUGAGGUAUUUUGAUCCUCUCCGGAAUGAGUACUUUUUUGAUCGAAAUCGACCAAGUUUUGAUGCUAUUCUGUAUUAUUACCAAUCAGGAGGGAGGCUGCGCCGGCCUGUUAAUGUGACCCUGGACAUUUUUUCUGAGGAGAUCCGGUUUUAUGAAUUGGGUGAGGAGGCUAUGGAAAUCUUUAGGGAGGAUGAAGGUUUCAUAAAGGAAGAGGAGCGGCCUCUGCCAGAGAAUGAGUUUCAGAGACAAGUAUGGUUGCUGUUUGAGUAUCCAGAAAGCUCAGGUCCUGCGCGCAUCAUCGCCAUCAUCUCUGUCAUGGUGAUUCUUAUCUCUAUUGUCAGCUUCUGUCUGGAGACGUUGCCAGUUUUCCGAAAUGAUGAUGAGGAGAUGUAUAAUUUUCCAUUCCAGUCAAUGUCCAACGCCACCUCUACCUAUGACAGCUCGGCGUAUUUUAAAGACCCUUUCUUCAUCGUGGAGACCCUCUGUAUCAUCUGGUUUUCUUUUGAGUUCCUAGUUAGGUUCUUUGCCUGUCCCAGUAAAGCAGGAUUUUUUGGCAACAUCAUGAACAUCAUUGAUAUUGUGGCAAUCAUCCCCUACUUCAUCACCCUGGGAACAGAGCUAGCAGAGAGGCCAGAGGACGGCCAGGCAGGCCAGCAGGCUAUGUCUUUGGCUAUUCUCCGUGUUAUUCGUCUAGUCAGGGUGUUUCGUAUCUUUAAACUCUCACGUCACUCCAAGGGGCUCCAGAUCUUGGGCCAGACUCUGAAGGCUAGUAUGCGUGAGCUGGGCCUCCUCAUCUUCUUCCUGUUCAUCGGGGUGAUCCUCUUCUCCAGUGCUGUCUACUUUGCAGAAGCAGACGAGCCACAGUCCCAGUUCAGCAGCAUCCCGGAGGCCUUUUGGUGGGCCGUGGUUUCCAUGACCACCGUGGGCUAUGGAGACAUGGUCCCAACAACCAUUGGAGGAAAGAUUGUGGGGUCUCUCUGCGCCAUUGCCGGUGUGCUGACUAUUGCCCUGCCUGUGCCUGUCAUUGUGUCAAACUUCAACUACUUCUACCACCGAGAGACGGAGGGCGAGGAACAGGCACAAUAUCUGAAUGUCCCAAGUGUGCCUAAAGUGAGCUCAGCUGACGAUCUGAAGAAGAGCGGUCGGAGCGGCAGUGGGUCCACUCUCAGUAAAUCUGACUAUGUGGAGAUCCAGGAGGCUGUGAACCACAGCACUGAGGACUUCAGACCAGAGGGCAUGAAAACAGGAAACUGCACCCUGACCAACACUAACUAUGUCAACAUCACUAAGAUGCGUACAGAUGUAUAAUGUAAGCUACUGUAGAUGGUUAACUUCAGCCGGGGUCUGUAAUGGGAGGAUGAAGGUGUGACUCCAUGUAUUGACCAACGUAUGGCACCCAGUAUGAGAGUCGAGAGCAGAUGAGUGGAAUUACCUUGGAGAAAAGAUCAGUUGAGAGGACCUCAUGUUCAAGCACAUCCUAUGAAGCUAUCAGCGCAUAUCAUAGAAUUGCCACCCGUCUUAUUUAGGACAUUGUCAGUGUCUGCAUGGAGUUUUUUUUUUUUUGUCUCAUCUAUGUGACUGUAGUCAUCCUGCUCGCAACAGUAGCCAAAUAGUAGCCUAACCAGUAAUAACUAAUAUUAACAGCAUAAAGGGACCACUAGUUUCUACCUUCUUGCUCAAACUGCCGCUGGGAGAAGAUGCACGAUAACAAUUUAGAUCAGCCUAACAUUUAUUAUUAAAUGUAACUUAACUUAUUGUGAUUAAAAACAGGUCACAUUAUCAGCAUCAUGAGCAACUUUAAUCUGCUGCUCUAACUGCCAAGUUCCUGACUCAGAGAAAAACAAAAUCACCAAGACCACAGUUGUUCUGUCAGGGGAAAACUGAAGUGCACAACUAAGAGCGAGAGAGAGUGAUACUAAUAUGCUCUCUGGCCAAAUGGUCAUUUGUUGCUUUCCCUGUCAGAGACAAAAGCCUGAGUGCACUUGCAUUCCUUCCCGGGUCCUCACUAGAUGUUGUCUAGUUCUAGCUAGUGGCUUCGGUAGAGACCAACAAAUACAGUAGAUGACAGUGCUGUAAUUCUGGACCACAUAGCACACCUCUUUUUCCUGCCAUUUUUCUUCAAUGAAGCUCAAGUGGAUUUACAGUAUGUACACCAUCGCCAAGACUUUUUGUUUUUAGCCAAUGCAGGCUAGCAGGUGGACAGAAGAAAUGUCUCGCUAAACAGAGUGAAUGUUUAUUUAUUGAUGUGUGUUCAUUUGAUGUGUUGUAAUGUAUGCUUUUUUAGUAAUAUGAUGAAUGGGUGCCUCUCACCUAAAUUUUUUAUGGUUAAGAUACGUGAUGUAGAAAGAUAGUGAAUAUUUUCUCUGCAGCGUUCUGAGUGAGUGCCUAUUUUUCCAUCCUCUUGACUUUACCUUUAAGUGUCUCUUCAGCUGCCCUGGUCUACUGUAACAGACGUACAGUAAGAAGUGUUAUAAAUUGAUUCUUGACUUCAUAGCAUUCCAAUCAAAUGAGAUUAAGGAGCAAACUAGGGUGAGAUUUUAGUUUGUUGUUUUUGUCAGAAGCUAAUUGCAACUAAGUUAAUGGCAGCAGAGUUAACUAGUUUUAUGUAGAAGUCUUUUUAUGGUAUUAACUUUAAAUGACAGUUUUCUCUAAAGGCCCACAAUCAAAGAAAGAGCUCAGUGAUCAAGUAAAAUGAAUCUAUGACACCUUCAAGGUCCAU